AUGACGGAAGGCAACGCAGCGACGGCGGUCGUAACGGCCCCUACGGGAUGCACCGAUCCGUCUUCUUCAUUUAAUGCGUGGCUACUGCAGAAGCUACGUCUAGAGUGGAGCUCAAGCGAUCUCGGGGGCCUCUUGACGCCUUCUAAGCUUGCGGAAGCGCGAGCAAGUUUCUCGCACUUGGAGACGCCCAUUAAGGUCCGUUUGUUGCUGUCGUUGUUGAGUGUCCGUCGGGACGGAGUGGACGAGGCUGAGGGUACGAAGCAGAAAGAGAUCAAUGCACUACUACUCACGGCAGAACAAGAUGCUGAAGAGUGGGUGAAGAUCAGCGCCGGUAUUGUCAAGCAAUUCCUAAUACUCCAAGCUACUGGUCGACCCACCGACUCCUAUCUACACGCACAACUGGAGACGACGGCGUCUAAAGUCGUGAAGGCGGUGACUACUCCCCCUCAGACGCGUCCCAGCAGUAACGCAAUGAACGUUGCUCUAGCUGACUGUUUCUCGCUUGAGAAUGGGCUGCUGAAUCCAUUGCUGCGUCCUCCGCUGGCGCCGACGGUAACCACGCACUUUACAGUUAGUGGAGAAGACGAUGAUGCUAACGGCAAAGAAGACGAAGUGCGUGCGUCGCCUGUGAAGAAACCGCUGCAUCGGCCACAGAUGGCACGGAUGCUUGGUUCGUCCGGCGUGAUGGCAACAUCGACUGCCGGAACGACGUCGUCAUUGGCGAGGACGCAAGUCACAGCAAAAACACCCGUAGGCAAGCGAAAGAAUAUGACUGAGCUCUCGUCAGAGAUUCGACGGAAGGCUGAUGCAGGCAGGUUCAAGCGACAGAGAAACCGCAUAUCGAUGAUCGACAUCAACGAGGUGAAGCAAAUUGAAUCGGAAAAGGCUCAGAAGGCGGAAGAGAGAAAGAAGCAGAAGUUGGCGGCGAAGGAAAAAGAAAGGGAGAAAGCAAAGGAGAAGGAGAAAGAAAAGAGUGAUGCGUUGAUAGCAGGUGCAACGGUCGAUGUAAGCGAGAAGGGUGGAGUUGCAGAAGCCACAACGGUACCGGCUUAUGUCAACAACGAGCAUGCUGCUAUCGCUGCCGACAUUUUUGCGAUGCACCACCAGCAACAUGCCCUGGACGAUUCAGUGCAGCAGUAUUCUCAACCGCAGCUACAGACGGAGAGCAACGUUGCACACGCACAAGUAACUUCAGUGGCUGCUGGUGGAGAUGACUAUGUCCCCGACGGAACGCAAGCAUUACUGAACGCAGCGUUCCACUCCACACAGGAUAUCAUGAAGGAAGUUGUAAGCCAGCAAAAUCAGCAGAUGCAGGAGCAACAUCAGAUGCAGCACCAACAGUUGCAGGCACCUGCGUACCAGGAUUUGUACCGAACUCAGCAACAAAUGCAGAUGCAACCCUUAGCUCCUCCGCAGCAACAGUAUCACCAAGGGUUUGAGCCAGAGGAUGCCUCGAUCGUCAACGCAAAUACUGGUGCAAUGCCAAUGGGAUUUGGCGGCUACAACUAUGGCACGACUGCGGGAUACUACUACGAUCAGUUUGGCAACUACGGCGCUCCACAGGAUACAAAUGCGUUUGGGUCAACAGGGUAUCCUAAUUCUGCCAUAGGUCAUAAUGGCAUGAAUGGUAUCGGGCUGCCUCCUCUCGGUGGCCGGCAGUUAGGUUUUGACCCAACACAGCAGCAACCGCAACACCAACAUCAACACCAACAGCAAAAUAACGGGGGCUACAUGGGCGGGUCCGGGGAAUACUGGAGAUAG